UCCCCCCGCGGGCCCCGCCCCCAGCCGGAGACCGCUAGCCGGGAAGCCGGCCCUGCCCCAAGGGUCAGCGCCGCGCGGCCACCGGGCAUCGCCGGGGCCCUGGCGAGCCGAGUCCCUGCUCUCCCGGCCUCGGUGCGACCCUCCGUCCUCAAGCUGGUCUGGCGGCAAGGGGUGACACGGGUUUUAGGGCCUGCCAGCCCCGGGAGAGGUGGACUGACUCACCGAGGCACGCUCAGUCUCUGCAAGAGCCCGGGCUCAAAUGCUGUACCCAGCAAUGCGCGGCCACAGACUGGCCCUGGGCCUAGGAUUCUGCCUGCUGUUGGGCACUGCCCUCUGCUCGCUGUGGAUGUAUUUUGAGAACUGGCUGCGGGUCUCCUAUGUUCCCUAUUAUCUCCCCUGCCCAGAGAUCUUCAACAUGAAACUGCAGUAUAAGGGGGAGAAGCCAUUUCAGCCUGUGACACAGUCACUAUACCCUCAGCCCAAGCUUCUGGAGCAAAGGCCUGCAGAGCUGCUGACUCUCACGCCCUGGUUGGCGCCCAUUGUCUCGGAGGGAACCUUCAACCCCGAGCUGCUGCAACACAUCUACCAGCCGCUGAACUUGACCAUCGGGCUCACAGUGUUUGCCGUGGGCAAGUACACCCGCUUCGUCCAGCAUUUCCUGGAGUCGGCCGAGCAGUUCUUUAUGCAGGGUCACCGGGUGCACUACUAUGUUUUUACCGACGACCCCGCAGCCAUUCCUCGGGUCCCGCUGGGCCCCGGCCGCCUCCUCAGCAUCGUCCUCAUCCAGAGGCACCCGCGCUGGGAGGAGAUCUCCACGCGCCGGAUGGAGGCCAUCAGCCGGCACAUCGCCGAGAGGGCGCACCGGGAGGUGGACUACAUUUUCUGCCUCGACGUGGACAUGGUGUUCCGGAACCCGUGGGGCCCUGAGACCCUGGGGGACCUGGUGGCAGCCAUUCACCCGGGCUACUAUGCUGUGCCCCGCCAGCAGUUUCCCUACGAGCGCAGGCAUGCUUCCACCGCCUUUGUGGCAGACAACGAGGGGGACUUCUAUUAUGGUGGGGCGGUCUUUGGGGGGCGGGUGGCCAGGGUGUACGAGUUUACUAGAGGCUGCCACAUGGCCAUCCUGGCGGACAAGGCCAAUGGCAUCAUGGCCGCCUGGCAGGAGGAGAGCCACCUGAACCGUCGUUUCAUCUCCUACAAGCCCUCCAGAGUGCUGUCCCCUGAGUACCUCUGGGAUGACAGGAAGCCCCAGCCACCGAGCCUGAAGCUGAUCCGCUUUUCUACGCUGGACAAGGACAGCAGCUGGCUGAGGAGCUGAUGGCUGAGCCAGGAUGCUGUGCAUGGGGACCCCAAGCCCUGCAGCCAGCUCACCCCGGCAGAGCGCCCGGCUCGUCCCCAGCAAGCACCCCGCUCGCCCCCGGCGGAGCACCCCAGCUUGUCCCAGCAGAGCACCCUUUACCAGUGCCCCCCUUCUCAGGCCUCAGGUGAGAUCCAUCUGGUCCUGCCUACCUCAAGUCUAUUAGCAGAAGUUCACCUGGAAAAUGGAUGUGGAAGGGCCUUUUGUAAACUGUGAAGGGCUGCGCCCACCUGAGCGGAACACCAAGAUCACACGGCAGCGUGGCCCGAGAAUGGUCAGGUGGGAAGAGGUGAAGAAGACAGAGCCGCAGGCCUGGCCCAGCAGACGUGCCUUCGGGGCAGCCCUACUCAGUGCCUGAAACCCCGCCUCUGCCCCACUUCUGUUGCCUAUUUGCCCCUAAAGUUGCACUUCUCAGACCCCGGUGUGAAAGGCAUCCAGACGCCUCUUCUCUGGCUGUAGGGGUCCCGGGUGCUGGGACGUCCCCCAGCCACACAGCGCCAACCCCUCGCUCGGCCCUGGAGUGAGUCUUUGCAACAGAACGGGCCUGGCCCUCUCUGGCCUUGAGUCUAGCCCGCACCCCACGGCGGACCACACUCUCUGGCACCGGCCCCACCUUUGUAAGGGGGUUUGGGCAGUUUUUAAUAAAGGUGACGUGCACGAA